AAUUGUAGUUUUAAUCGUUUAGAGACGUAGAUUCCAGGAUAUAAUGACUACAUUUCCCGAGACCGUUUUACUGUGGGCGUUUCCUGGCACUUGUGUGAGACGGAGACAUGGUGAAGUGCUUCUUAAUCCAUACCUUGUGCCCUGUGAGCACACUGUCCGCCAAAGAGAGCAGAAUCCUGUACUGUCGUGUUUUUGAGCCAACGAACCGGUUAUCGGGAAUGAACACAGACGUAAUUCCGGAAGAGAGACGCCUAUUAGAAAAAGAGAAGUUGGCUACGAUAGCAAGGCAGGUACAGAGCACAUGUAGCCUCUGCAGGGAGGCAAGGGGACAGCCCUCUGCAGAGCCGGUGCUGGGAGAAGAGGCCAGGGCGCUUGAGGAAGCGGACAGCGGGAUGUUGCGCCUGCCAGUAGGGGAUCCCUUUCCAGAGGAGCAUUUCUUGCUGUGGUUGGGCGUCAAUGCACUGGGCUUCUCUAUGGUAUGCCACGCUGAUGAGAACCUGCUGCUGGCAGAGGGGGCCUUACGGAGCCUGGCCUCCCAUUGUCUGGAGAGUCUGCGGCUUUUGGCGCCAGGCAGUGAGGUGCUGCUGAAGAGUGACCGCGUCGAAGCACUGCUGCAUCACCUGGUUCCUCAUGGACAGCUGCUCUUCAUUAACCACCGCUUCGCACAGAGCCUCGACAAGGAGCUGACGGCCUGCUUGGCUAAAUAAAGGAUAUUACCACAGUGCGCAUAAGAAAGCAGAGGAUCAAUCAGUGUUUUUUUCCAAAAGACACCUUGACUUACCCUUAAUUUUUGUGAUGAAGUAGCAAACUAAGGCAUACAGGAAAAUCAUGUGACUCAGUGGGUUAAGUCUCUGCCUGUGAUUGGAAGAUUGACACUUCAGUAAUCACAUGUCAGUGGGCCCUUGAGCAAGACCCUUAACCCUCAGUUCCCUGAGCACCACAAGGGGGCUGCCCCUUUGUUGUGACCCCCCAAGUUUGCAGUCCCCUGUAUGGAGGGCAGGAUGGGGCAAAGCAGAAAGAGAAUGUACAGGAAUGUUGGUGCAUAUGAGUCUACGCAAGUAUAUGGCAGCAAUAUACUUUCAUGGAUAAAUUAUAUGAAGUGUUUACAGUCCAAGAGCAAAGUGAGUAAUCUACUGUAUGAGAUAAGUAUGACCUAAUUUUAAAUGAUGCAAUAAAUAGUGACUGCUGCAAUAUG